UAAGACCUGGUGACACUUGUUUUCUGCUUGGCUGCUAUUAAAGUACAGCAUGGACUACAUGGAGGCCUUGGAGGUGUAUAAGGAGAUGCUGCUGCUGUACUGUGAGGAGGCCAAACGUUAUAUCAACACACAGUGUGCUGAUCUGGAGCCAUGGCAGAUCAUCUCGCUUUCAGUGCUGUUAACACUCUCGGCCAUCUGGCUCAAGAGAUUCCUCUUUCAGAAAGAAAGUCUGACAUCACGAAUCAAGAAGCAAUGCUUCCGACUCAUCAGAAAAAUCCCGUAUAUCCGCACAUCAAUCCAGAAACAGCUGAACAAGGCACUGGAUGACAUGUCAAUGAGUGUGUGCACCCUGAAGGAGGGGAUGAGUUACACCAAGCUCCUGCCGACACAAGGCCUCACGCAGAAACAAGUCCUGGACAGCAUCAGACAGUACCAAACACUGAAUGAAGUACAAUGGGUCAAGGGCAAAUGUUCAGGAGCUGUUUACUGGGGGGAUGAAAAGCUCACUGAACUCCUUGUGAAGGUAUAUGGUGAGUUUGCUUGGAGUAAUCCACUCCACCCAGACAUUUUUCCCGGAGUAAGAAAGAUGGAAGCAGAGGUGGUACGGAUGACGUGUUCACUUUUCAGUGGCGGGCCAGAGUCUUGUGGCACGGUUACAUCUGGUGGAACUGAAAGCAUUUUGAUGGCUUGUAAAGCAUACAGGGAUCUGGCUUAUGAGCGAGGAAUCAAAGAUCCAGAAAUAAUUGCUCCAGUGAGUGCCCAUGCAGCAUUUGACAAAGCGGCACAUUACUUUGGAAUGAAACUUAUUCAUGUACCUGUGGAUAAGAAGACCAUGAAAGUUGAUGUGAAGGCCAUGAAGAAAGCUAUUUCUAAGAACACAGCCAUGCUAGUGUGCUCUGCUCCUCAAUUCCCCCAUGGCAUCAUUGACCCCAUUGUAGAAGUGGGGAAGUUGGCAGAGAAGUACAACAUCCCCUUCCACGUGGACGCCUGCUUGGGUGGGUUCCUCAUAGUGUUCAUGAAAAAGGCCGGAUUUAAACUGGAGCCAUUUGACUUCCGAGUCAAGAGCGUCACCAGCAUUUCAGCAGACACACAUAAGUAUGGCUAUGCCCCCAAAGGUUCGUCAGUGGUGCUGUACAGAGACAAGAAAUAUCGCCAUUAUCAGUACUUUGUGGCCCCUGAUUGGCAGGGAGGAAUUUACGCAUCUCCUUCAAUAGCUGGUUCUCGGCCUGGUGGCAUCAUCGCUGCCUGCUGGGCCACGAUGAUGCACAUGGGAGAGAAUGGCUACGUAGAGGCCACCAGGAAGGUUGUUCAGACUGCUCGCACUAUAUCAGCAGGCAUUCGUAAAGUGAAGGGAGUGUUUGUAUUUGGAAACCCUGAGGUGUCGGUGGUGGCCAUUGGUUCUGACAUCUUUGAUGUCUUUCGUUUAUCCAAUGCACUAACAGCAAAGGGCUGGAAUCUCAACACUCUACAGUUCCCUUCUAGUAUCCAUAUUUGUGUGACGAUGUUGCACACACAGCCUGGCGUCGCGGAGCAGUUUAUUAAAGAUGUAAAGGAAGAAGUAGCAAUUAUCAUGAAGAAUCCAAAGGAGAGGACUACAGGAAUGGGAGCAAUCUACGGCAUGGCACAAUCCAUCCCAGACCGGUCAAUGGUGACCGAGAUAUCUUGCGGCUUUCUGGACUGCCUCUAUAGCACUGAUGUCCACAAGGUUCAGAAGAACCACCACACCAGCAAGAAGAACCACAUGAAUGGGAACUCUGAAAAGCACUGAGUCUAGAGCGUGGCUGCUAGUCUGCAUCUGUUUAGUAGGUUGUUUAUCUCGUUUGUUUUAGAUUAUAUACAAAUUUUCCUGUCCACCAUUUCAAUCACUCAUUUACUUGUUGAAGCAUAAGCCAUAUUGGCCCAUAUUGUGGUUUGGGCAGAUUUAAAAAUAAUUCAUUACAGAUUUUUGACAGUUUACAGACGGUUUAGUGAAUAUUAGUUUUAAAACUGUGGCUAUGUCUACAAUUUCUUUGGCUUCGGUUUACUCACAUUUCAGCUUUUAUGUCUGACAUUAAUUACAAACACAUUUCUUGCAGUCCAUAAAAUGAAAAGCUCAUAAUGUGUGUCAUGUAAAACCCUUGUAACAGACUGGAAUCAAGUUCUGAGAGUUUUUUGAUAUAGAGUCUAACCUGGAGCUUUGUGCUGGUACUGAUCAUGAACAGAUAAGCACCACCUCGCAUAAAAAUGGACCAAUUAACGUUUUCUUUUAUAAAAUACUUUAACAUCAUACAGUUAACUAGUAAAUCUUUAACUGCUACUCAGGUUUAUCUGUAAAUUCACUCAACAUAGUUGAUUGUAUUUUUUAAAUUAAACUAGGGGUUUAAACCAUGGGGAUCUUUGUAAGAACUGAGGAGUGGUUAGUAUUUAUUCAAUUAUUACUGUUUGUUUAGUUUAUGGCCCUCAGCAUCUUUGUUUCAUCAACACCUUUACUAUGCUAAUUAACAGAUGUCAUGUGACUAUGUAACUAAAAAAUACUUUUUGUACUAAAAACAUUUAUAAAAGUCUCAAAGAGACUAAAAACCCUAACCAUCAAUAAAUGUAUCUGUUGAAAUAAAAAUCAGAUACAUUUUAUAAUGACAGAAAAUCCUGGAACAGCACAAAAUGCAUAAAAACAUGCACUGUUUAGACUUAUGUCUGAAAACUUACUCAUGUCAUGCCAUUUCCAGAGAGUCACGUAAGAUUUGCCUCUCAGAUCUUUAUCUCAAAAAAUGGUUUUCAUAAACUGAAGACGGUAAUAAACAGGACCUGUAUUGUAUCGUCUAGGGACUGUGUGUCACUUAACAAAUCCCACUGUAAUGCAUGGCAGUAGUAACCACUCUCUCCAGUACUGAUAUUACCUCCAUAGACAAUCACUAUUGGGAAAGAGGUUCCUUAAGGGCUCUUCUACUACUACUUGAAGAUAUUUUGCAUCUGAAAAUGGAUACACCUUUUUUCUGUUGUCCCAGGGAUGUUCUGACUCAGCUCUGAAGUGCACUCACAUAAUUAAACUUGGUAUGGAAAGUUUGAUACCAAUCCAGAGUUUUAGGCCAGUAUAUGGAGGACAUUCCUAAUUGUUGUGUUGUAGUUAAACCUUAGACUCAUCUUUAGUUUUCAAAAAGAAUCAUGUACUAGAUUUCUAAUUUAAACAUUAACAAACAUGAAUUCCUUGUAGUUCUAAAACAAUUCCUGUCUGCAUUUUUUGGCUACCUCACAUUUGUUCCAACUGCUCCACACUGAAUAUUUAUUGGCCUUUUUAUUUAAAUUUUUAACCCUUGGAACUCUAAUAUUAAUAGUUGAGUUUUUGUCCAGGACAAAUCAUGGCAGAGUUAAAUUGUUUGCAAAGAUGAUUUACAGAUGUUACCUAAUUCUUGACGUUUAUUAUAAAAAGAUGUUUGGUCUAGUAAAUGAUUACCUUAUUAAUACCUGUGAGCUCUACAAGAGGAAACCAGCUCAUAUCAAAAAGGGAUUUAUUGAGAUAAAGCAAUCACGGUACCACUGAAUUGUAACUGCAGACCUCAUCAGCUAUUUCAUUCUUAUAAUAUAUGUUCAUAAUGUGUGUGACCACUGUGUGUGUUUUUUACAUUAUACAUCACUAAUAUAAGUCUGUUAUUUCAAUAAUGUAAUCGGUUUUAACUGUACUUAUUUGUUUUUAAAUGUUAUUACAGGGCUAUUACUGUGUGAGCAUUACAUCUUUCUUAUUAUACCUUUGAAAUAGAAUAAUCAUAAUUAACAUUUGCCUCAGAAUAAACUGUUGAUGUGAAAAGCAUCCGUUUCUGUACUAGCCAGAAUGUCUUUGCAUUUUUUCAUUAUUAGUAUUUUAUUUAAAUUAAAUCAAUACUUUGUCAUUAACAAUUCCAAUUCAACAGGACUGUCAAUACUGUAUGACUACCUAAAAGUGAGGCACCUUAAUUUCUAACACGUCAUGACUGUAUUAGUUUUGUGUUUUCUUACCUUUACACCUCCUGGAGGGCUCAAGAAAAGGACUUGCCAUAACAUACCCUUAAACACUUUCAAUACUAAACUGUAUGACAUUUUUUGUAAACAAUCAAUAAAGUAUUUUUGAAGAUCA